UAAUUUGACCGGUUAAUAUUAAGCAACACUCUAGUUAGACCAACCAGCCUACUGCUGAUAGGUUAAGCAACUGCUUAACAUGUAAGUUAAUUAAAUAAAUCUGUUAGAAUGGUGAAUCUGACGGGGGAAGAGACUGAAAAGUCUGAAGACCUAACGCAGGUCUCCGAAACAAGACACAGCUUUGCAAAUUCCUCUCAAAAAUCAAUAGUGCAGUUAAAUAACGUUUGCCAAAGGUUGAUGCAGCCCACCUCGAUAGGGAUUCGAAGACGAAGCAGUAAAAAUGGCAAUUUCAAAGCCAGAAAAUUGUCUCAGGCAGGCUCCAAUCCGUUUGCCGCUCACUCACAUAGCCAAAGCACAAAUGGAGACUGUGCACAUUUGGAAACUACAGGUGCAUAUCCAGCUGAAAAUGAAGUUGUUGCUGAAGCAACCCAAUGGGAACAACGCAUAGAAGACAUUCUUACCGCCUGUAAAACUCUGAAACAAAGCGAGUCAUUCCUAUCUGACUUUAGUUCUUUAACUAGGGAUAGUAGGCAAAAUACCGAAGUAGACGAGGAAAAGUCCAAGCAAAAUACAGCUUUAGAACCCAGUGAAACUCCUGCAAGUUCUCAGGAUAUUAUUCAGGCCACUCCAUUGGAAGCUAAUAGUUAUCGCAACCGAAAAAGGUUCCGAAAUAAAAACAUUAUGGUCCAAGCUUGCAGCAAUGAGGCGUCCAACAUUGGCGAUGGAAGCGAUUCGGAAAUUCUUGAUAUGCAUGCCAUCGGUUUGCCGACCAAAAAGUGGAAAAAACACCGAAAAAAUAGCGUAAAUAACGUUUCCGUUGCAAGAGCUGUUCGUUUGGGAAACCUUGAUCAAACAUUAGUUCAGAGGAACAGAUUGACCGUUUGGGGCGUCUUGAUGAGAGCAAGGUUUCUCUUCAGGAAAGUCCAAAAUUAUGGCAGGCUAUCAAAUCAACAUGCGUUGUGCUUGGAUAGUCUCGAUAAGAGCGAUAUUUUGUUCGAGGAAACUCCAGAAAAACGCGUAAAAAAUAAUGGCAGUUUUUCAAAUGAAAAUGCAGAUAGUCCUGUUGAGAGCGACAUUUCGCUGAAGCAACGUCCAAAGAAUCACUCAAAACAUAAUGGCAGUUUGUCAAACAAUCUCGACGACAGCGAGAUUUUAAUGAAGAAAAGUACGAAGAAAUGGAAAAAAAGUAAUUUCAGCCUCUUGAAGGAAGCGAACUGCGAUGAACGUGAUGAGAUCGAUAUUUUACGACGGCGAAACCAGAAUAAUGCGAGCAGUCGUUCAGCAGAUGUUAGCAAUUCGGAACUCGCUGAUGAGAUCAAGAUUUUACGGAGGAAACGUUCAAAUAAGCAUAAAAAAAAUAAACUCUGGAAAAAGCGCAUUUUGGACGAAACCAAGACAACUGAUGAUGAGGAAAUCGGGCAAAAUACUGGACGCAGCGAAGCUGCGAAGCAAAUAAUGGAUUCAUGUGAAUCAGCGGUUGAAACAUCGAUUUUAAACCCUUCCUCGGAGUCACUCAAUAACAGCGAAUCUAACUGCGAAGGUGAAAGCCACAAAUCAGAGCAUCAAAAACGAGCUAAGCGGAAAAUACAAUCUGAAGCUGAUGAAGAGAAUGACCAAGCAAGCAACACUAUCAGGAAAAAAGCUAAAAAAAAACUGUCCACCGUAAAAAAACGACGGCUUUCCAGCGAUGAGGAGGCGGAUGAAGCCUCGGAUCAUUCCUACGAAGAUGCCGAUCCAAAUGAUUCCGAUGCGGCUUUAAAAUUUUUUUUAGGGCUAAAGAGGUUCAAUAGAGACUUCAAAGUCCCGCGGUUGCAUAAGAUCGUGGAUCGUGCCUCCAACCCAACAGCAGAUCAACGCGAACGGAUCGCCGAGAAAGGGAUUGAAGUGAAAACUGGCAAGUUUUCAAGCGCUGAAGACCAACAAAUCCAGGAAAACUGGCUGAAUUUCAUACAAGUUUUUAGACUGAAAAAUCAACCGCAGAAGUUUUUCUGUUUGCAUGCUAAACGAGUUACCCCCGAAGCGAAGAGGAAUUUCCUUUUUUAUUUGGCGCGCGGUCUUCAUAAUAGAACGCCCUAUUGUGUGUUCAAACGAUUCAAGUUGCUCAUGGAUCGCGUAACUAAAGGACGAUUCUCUCAAGAGGAAGACGAUUUCAUUCUGAAGGCAAUGGAGGAGAAACCGAAGAUGUCGGUAACCGAAGUGGCAAAGCACUUGCACAGAUCCUUACUUGCCGUGUCCUGUCGGAUAGGCAAGCUAAAGACCACCUAUUCAAGGAAAAUCAAAUGGAGUGGCAGAAAUGCGGCUUCUUAUAUCAAGUAUCUACUGGAAGCAACGGAUAUAGAUGAGAAAGACAUCGGUUUGCUCAAGAACAGACAGAUCACUGCAGAAGAAUGGGCAAAACUAUCGGAAAAGCUGGACAACGUUCCUGUGCGCAUUUUAAAACCUGUGUGGCUUAACUUUUUGCAUCCUGCUUUGUUCAUCCCAGGCAAUUCGUGUGAUUUAGGCGCGAUCAAAUGGAAACUUGCCAAAAGGCUUCAUAAGAACAACGAGACUGAGUGGUCUUGCAUCGAUUGGACAAAGUACGUGGCGCGAUUCGAAGGAUUCACUUCAUUGAAGCUCUAUACACUUGUGAAGCAACUUAUAAAGACUCACGUUCCUGAAAAAAAGCAACCUGAUCUACCAAGAUCCCUUAAGUAUCUAAUGAAAAAUAAGUUGCGCAUCGCUGCACAACCGUUAAAGCUUUUGUAUAAAAUCAAGUACAGGAAUGGAGAGAUUCAGGAUAUGAGACUAAGCGACCUCUAAUAAAAAGCCGUUCGUUUAAUUCGGUUCUGUAAACUAUUUUGUUUACUGGUACAGCUUUGCAUGUUUUUAACUGUUCAAUUGAUGAAACGACCCAUUGGAUUCUGCUAGAACAUAUUUUUAUCCCCUCGUUGAAAAUGUACUUUUGUUUCGACAUGAAUUAGUGGCAAACACUUGCAACUAAUUAUCAGUCUCUUUAAACUUUGUAUCAAAUCUUAAUAAAUAUGUAGUUAACCAUU